GUUAUACAAAUAUACGUGACAUUAUAUUUACUGAAUCAUUCCUGGCAGAUUCGUCGUGUUCGUGUUGCAUUUCUAAGCCAUUCUCCUAGCUACCAGCAUUCGCUACGGUGUAAAAGGUACAAGAGUGUCUCAAAAUGCUAAAUCUAAGAUAUAAACAUAUCAUGUGCAACUAGCUUUCGAAAACGCCGAACUUACUCUUUUGAGAUCAACGAGUUCAUCUAAAAAGAAGCAUUAUAUACUAGGAGAAUAUGGCUGCCAAUACUACCGUCCCACAUGCUAGCGUACGCGGCAAAUUCAAGGCAAGAUAUGACCUGCAGAAAAUGAGGUUUGAAGUGGAAAGGAUAAAAACAUUUAAAACAUGGAGCAAAUCAUGUCCGAUUCGACCUGCACCUCUUGCGAAAGCUGGCUUUUUCUACGUUGGAAUAUUUGACUUAGUGGAGUGCUUUUCCUGCAGAGUUCAAGUUGAUAAGUGGAAAAAGGGACAAACCGCUAAGGGUCGACAUGAAGAGAAGAAUUCACUAUGUAAGAUGGUGAAUAAUGAGGAGAAGUUAAAUAUUACGAUUGUAAUGUGGAAUGAAAUGAAGAAGUGCCUUCAGUCAAAAAGUGAAACUGAUGGGGAAGUGGUAGUGAAUCAAUCCGAUACCAGAAACUUGAUCACUCCAGAUGAUUAUGUAGACGCUUACUGUGGAACAUCUUUCUCUGGAAGGUUGUCAUUAGCUAAAUAUCCGGAGCAUACAGGGGAACUAGAUAGACUUGACACCUUCCGUGAUAAGUGGUCAGACGAAUUCAAUUUGCCCUCCUCAGCCCUGAGGUGGCUGGCCAACGCUGGAUUUUUCAAAGAUGGUCCUGGUGACAGGGCUAGAUGUUUCUAUUGCGGUGGUGGUGUUGAAUGCUGGGAGGAAGAUGAUGAACCUUGGUGUGAGCAUGCAAGAAACUUCCCUACAUGCACAUGGCUUCUUGGCAUGAAGGGCGAGGACUUCGUCAAUGACGUACAGGAUUACUUUAAGAAAAAGAAAACACGCGAGGAAGAGGAAAAGAAUUCCGGAGACACUUCAACUGCCUCUUCGCUGAAUCACCAGAAUGCUCCUGCGUCAGUCCCAAACAAGACAGGACAAGUGUCUGCUAAUGACUUAGUAAAGAUGAUGGACAGCCCAACCGUGAGAAUCAUUCUCAAGACUGGAUUCGACGCAGCUCUUGUAUGCCGCGUCCUCGAGGAGCAACUGCGUCAAACAGGCAUCGACUUCUCAUCUUCAGACAACUUCAUCAAGGCUUUAGAGGCAGAAGAGAAGACCAACCCGAAAUCUCCAGUGCCCAAUAUUGAGAUGCAGACUCAAAGGCUUGCUGCCAUUCAGAUAGACGGUAGUCACAGACAGGAUCAUUCAUAUAACACUCGGUCGGAUCAAAACGGCUUCGGCACGUCAAGAUCUUCAGUUGUUAAUCAACCCUUGCCAACCUCACCAAGGACUGGGUAUCCACAGACUACUCGGAAUGCAUCCUGCUUGAUCUGUAGGACGCAAGAUGUUGCUACCAAAUUGCUUCCAUGUAACCAUGAAGUGGCUUGUCUUCAAUGUACCCGCGUUGCUGUCAAAUGCCCAUUAUGUGGCAUUGACAUUACCAGCUAUCGGCGAAUUACUUUUGACGUUUAGUGUCAUACGAUAGGAAGUUUAAAAUAUAUGUCAAUAUGGGCAUGGUAAGGUUUUUGACAGCAGAGUUGAAUCAAAUUGAAAUAGUAAUACAUGAACAUGUAAAUAGAGUCUCAUUGCAUAAAAUUUCACAGAACGUUGAAAAUUGAAAACUAUUUGUUACUUCAAGUCAUAGAGAACACGGCUAUUUGAGCACUGACUUUUGCUGGUCAAGUUAGCGGUCAGUUUCCAUUUCAUGAUUUUAAUUCAACUUCAUAGACCUUCAUCAGCAAAGUUUGAUAAAUUAUCGAAUGUAGAUAAUCUACUGCCCCUCGUACAAAACCUACUGCAGUUGAAGUAGAGAGGUUUGAUUUGUACACGAUCUUUUCUCGUCAAUGUCUCGGCCUGCAACCAAGCAAAAAUCAAAUCCUUAAUAAAAUCUAAAUAUAACAGAACUACAAAUUAUUAGGAUUUGUUUGAGACAAGCGUAUUAAAAACAACUUGAUAAUGAUCACGCGAAAUAAUUCAGAAACUGAUAAAGCAUUCGGGUUAUUUGAAUUUUGCUACCUUCCAUCCAUCCACUGGACGUCAAGGCGCAAAAAUUUGGUUUAGCAGCUUUAACAUCAUGAUUAUGGCGGCUCAAAUACAGCCGAGAUAGUCAAAAGUACGUUUGCUUUUAUUACAGAAUGAAAAAAUAUUACCAAGUAAACAGGUUGCAAAAUAUGGCAUGAAUCUUUUCAUAAGUACAGUAGUUAUCCAUCCAUUAAUAUAUUGUUUGUUUGUUUAUCAGAUUUUUUUCAAUAUUUGAUAAGCAAUUCAUAUGAGGCCAAAGUCUUGUUAUUAUCGAUUUAAGACCGAUUUAGGGGUAAGUGUCAUGUUUGUCUUCGCAUACAUGUAGAUCAUAACGCACCUUUGUAUCCAGUAUAUUUGCUGUAAAAUCAUAUGACACCGAUCAUUAACUUAACAAGCUGCAAAUAACAACAUGAAUAUCACGAAUGAGUAGACCCGUGACUUCGUUGGUUCAUGUAUUCUCUUGAAUUAUGAAUAUAAAUGUGACCAAGAUUUAUGGUGAAAACAUUGAAAAGGGGUCAUAUUUAACGACAGUAUUUGCAAAGUAUACCACGCAUCUUGUACCAGGGGUUACACGCAACACUUUAGAUUAAAAGGCUAACUAACUCACUAAUGAACCUGUUCCCUUAAUUACUCUCACGUGUUUUAUCCACCUUUAAAUAUUGGAUUAUUGACAGAGAAUAUGGAAUGAAAAUAUUAAAUUUUCUUUAUGUUUUAUAUACGGCUCCGUAUUUUUUUCGUUUAAUACUCUCACUAUGUUUUCAUCGUAUUGCAUUAUACCAUUAUCUUGUAAUGCGCAUGUACAAAGAACACUUUGAAAUUGUGGAUGCAAUUAAAUAAUUCAAAAUAAGAUUUUAAGUAUCAUGCGACAAAGUCCUUGUACAUUCAAGUCUUUCUUUUAGACCUCAUGAUGUUGAAUUACGAUGCGUUUUAUAAGAUUUUGAGGAGAAUAUAGCUAUUUGGAUAUAUUUUUUGAGACGUGAGUUAUUUAUUUCAAUUUAUGAUUUCAAUCAGAUUAAAUGUUCCAACUGAUUUUAAUUAAAUGAAAUAUUUAUCUUCUCGUAAAUCAAAUUUGAAAUUCUUGACCGGCAUUCAUUACAAAUCGUCUUAGAUUGUUAUGUUAUUCCAUUUAAUAUCGAUUGAUUCGCUAUCUAUUUAAUAUUGAACUGUUCAAAUAAAAAAGUUAAUGAGAAGAUAAUAUAAAAGUAACAUAAUCAACCCAAUAAUUAUGUUUUAGAAAUGACUCACAUGCAAUCUGAUUUUUUUUAUCGCUCUGGUUUUGUGAAUAAAUGAAAUUAUAUGUACACAAAUUUUGAUUUCUCCAUUAUUUUAGAUCAACAGGAAUUGUAUGAUUUCUGAGGGAUCUAAUGAAGACCCAGCUUAGGUUCAUAAAAAAACAUUUGUCCAUUGUACGGGCUGCGAGAAUGCAAGAACAUGACCGCAACCAAUUAGAGGCGUGCAGCCAUACUUCAAUGAGCAAAAAUGACAUUAGACUAAGGUAUUAUUCAAAAAGAAGCUAAAUCCAAG